UCUCUCUCUCUUUCUCUCUCACUCAGCUGUGCUUAAGCCCGGCAGUACACGCAGGAUAUGCCGUGUGUAGAUUCAAAGAAAUGUGAAGCGCCUAGCGUGCGGAAACACCGAGGCUACACUCGUUUCACUGUGGUUCCACGAUUUUUGAUCCCAGUGGAUAGUUAUCUGGUAGCGCGACGGAGACGAUGCUGCUGCUGACUCAAGUUGUGCUCGUGCUGCUGCGGAAGCGCGCAGAAUUAGCUUAAUACUUGUACAUACACACUACACGCUCUGCACGAAGCCUUCGGUGAAGUACCUCGUUUAUGAAAAUAAAAAGAAAAACAACACACUGGGCUCGAAGCAAGCGCGCGCUCUUUCUCUUACUCUCUCUCUCUCUCUCUCUAUCUAUCUAUCUAUUUCUUUCUUUCUCUCCCUUCACGGUGUCUUGCGCGCGCGUACUCACACUUCUCACGCACUCACUUAGUUGCUGACUACUUACUCAUUCACUCACUCGUCACAUACACAUUCUUACUACUUAACACCCACUCACUCACUACUCCCUGGCUCGCUCGCAUACACCGUUUAUAUAUUCUUAUUAUAUUUUUCUUCGUAUUUCUCUUUUAUUUUCUCCUCGUGUAUAAACGAACACCCGUCCUCGCGUUCGUCUUCGUCGUCGCUUCGUCUCUCGCCGCGUCGAGAGACUCGCGCGGAGAUCAUCCACACACACUCUCCAGUCGGUGUGUAAGGUGCCGUGCCGCGGCGGCCGAUAAUCUUCUCGCCCUAGUCUCACUCGCACUCUCUUUUUCUUUCUCACUUUUUGUGCAUGGGCUAGUAUAAGCGCGCGCGCGCGCGCGCUCGUAUAUAUGUGCACCAGGUCGAGUUAGACCAGACAAGAGAGAGGGAGUUAUAUCUCUAAAUGACUCGCGUAACGUACACCAAGCCCACGGAAUGUAAGCGCUUGUAUGUGUAGCUUCCCUCCUUCGCGCUCCCGUUACACUAGCUAUUGUGCGUAAAUGUGUAAGUGUUAUUUUACAAUGUUCUGUCCCUUUCUAGUAUAUAUGUAACUGUGUACGUCUCCUACCCCCCUUCUAUCGGGUACGAGUCGUGGGAACACACUCUUGUAGAUCGUCGUCAGACGGAGACAGAAAACGUACAUUAAGCCCGUACACGUUUUACUUCUCCUCCCUCGCUUAGCCUGCUCCACUCACUCGCUCUGUCUCUCUCUCUCUAUGCGCGGACACACACUCACACGCAUGUGUGUAGGCACAUAUGUAUGCAUAAUUACUUAUCUAUACUGCUUAUCUCUCACUCUCUCACACUCGCUCUUUUGCAAACUGUUAUUUCUCUUUGGAAUGUUGAGGGACAUUGUCGACGAUGGUCGAGACAGUCAAAAAUCUGUUCUCUCCCUCUUUCCUUCUUUCCCUCUCUUUUGCCUUCUCGUCAUUGCUCCCUAAUAUUCUCCCUCUCUCUCUUUCUCUUACUCUUUUUCGUUACUGAUUUCGGUACGCGAAUUGCAACGUUAGCGCCACUUUCGUGGAACUAUAGUGCAAUAAGAAGUAGCUGAUUUUUCCGUUUUUUGUGCGUUGUGAAGCGUCGCUGACACAUAGGUAGAACGAUUUAAGCAAGGUAAUUUUUAGUAUCUUCCAAUAUGACAGCAUUGGAUUUAGAUCCACAAUUUUUACAAGCUCUGAAAUUGCUCCAUUCUACAAACAAAGAUUCUGUAGAGCAAUUACGCGGUCUUCUUGACGAGGCAAUUAAACAAAAAUAUGGAGCAUCUAAAAUGUUAUCCAAUACAUUACAUAAAAAGUAUACAUUAGAAGAACCUGUAUUAAGUGAUCAAAGUAGUACGAGUAGUAAAAGAAGUAAAAGUUCAAAUUCAUCUAAACAUUCUAAGUCUAGCAAAAACAAUUCUCCUGUAACUAUACAAGACACUCCUCCAGAUCUAUUACAAAGCGAUGACAAUCUAGCCGACAUUUUAGAGGAUGUUGCUUGUGUUAUCUGUAAAGGAAUGGAUGUUGGAGCAAAGAAUAGAUUGGUGGAAUGUGUAAAAUGCGGUUCUCUGUACCAUCAAGAAUGUCACACACCCCAUAUUCUUGACUCACAAGUUGAUACCCACCCAGUAGAAUGGUAUUGCUGUAAUUGCGUAAAGACUCAACUGGUGUUAAAAGAAAGAAAUUCACCAAAACCUGUAACUGAAACUAAAAUUAAAGAGUCAAAAAAAUCAUCCUCGUCAAGUUCUAAACAUACAGAUAAAUAUAAAUCAUCAAGUUCAACAAAUCAAUCACAAAAUUCUAAUGGUAGUAAUUCCAAUUCAAAAUUAGUACCAAAUAUUCACAUAGUCAGUGCAGAUCGACGAUUAAAAGAUAUGAUAAAAAAAGCAAAGCAAGAUAAACGGAGUAGAAGUACCAAUUCAGGAACUAACAAACAUUCAUCAAGUUCUAGUUCUUCAUCAAAAAAUUCUCAUGAUAAAUCUUUUAUUUAUAAAAAUAAAUCAGAUUAAGUAAGAAUUAUGUC